CCUGCCAUUAUGUAGGAAUAUUGCAUACUCAGCAUGCAAUUUGACUAUUGAAUAUGCUUUUGUACUUCAGUGCUCUCCAUUUUGUUGCAUUUUGUUGGUUUUAGGUUCAAGUUCAGUCUGUACAGUACAGAUAAAUAAAUAGAUAUCAGUUUCUCAAAAGGAUUUCAAAUCAGUAAGUCAAAUAUUCCAAACCAAAAUGCCGUCUGCUGGGUUCAAUACAAAAAUUCUGCAUAAUAAAGUGUCAGUUUCAAUACAAUAAAAGGUAUGUAGGCUACUGCUAAUGUGACAUUUUCUCCAAAUCUGACCAUAGGCAAUGCUGUUUUUGAGCCUGGAUAAAAGGGUCAUGCUACAUUUAUUGACAAAAUAUGUUAGCUAAAAAGACAAGAAGGUUUUUAAUACUUUCAAUAUGAAGAAGUGUUGAAAAUAUCAGGAUACAUAAUAAAGAUACAAAGUUGUCAGGAGUGUGUUCAGUUUUGACGGAACCAAACCAGAUGUCAGGUUCUCGGAAUGCUUGUUUGGAUGUGAACGCACCCUGAAACAGAUAUAUAAGUCCCUUCUACACACCCAGACGUUCCUUAAAAGUCUAUUUUGGGAGCAGGCAUUCCUCCAUCCUCUCCUGAGGAUGCAGCACACAGGUCCGUCCAUUCAAUAGCUCUUUGUGUGUAUCUGUUUUCUUCAUGUGCAACCCUUUUAAGGGACCCCAAGGGGACCAUGUCACAGUUGUUGUGACGCCAUGCGUAAAGUAUCCAUGCAUUCAUUCAGCUAGCUAUGCGCAAUUAGCAGGUUGGACAUUAACAGAUCAAGCCUGACUUGCCUCGUACGUCACCUCGGCAGUGUUUGGCGUCAAUGAAAGGAAUGAAAUACAAUAACACUUAAAUGUGGGCUAUUGUUAAUUGAAAUGAAAAUGUACUGGUCUUACCUUCAGAAGUGGAUGCCUCCCAUACCCUGCCUGUGCAGAUGACACCAACUGUGGAGUGAACAGGGACGUUAAAGUCGUGGCAUCGUCCAAAAAAAAAAAAAAUCUCCUAAACACAGUCUUGCAGUAAAAUGUGCUCAGAACUUAUUUCGAACUCUUUGAAAUUGCCUUUUUACUGUUUGUUUGUUUUUUACAAUCAUCGAAAAGAAAGAGCAACUUAUCCCGAUGAUGCGUGUUGGAGGAUGCAGUCAUCUGCAUGCCAGCCUCUCUCCUCCAGCUGUGGAGCCCAACAGUCCCGCCUGCUUGUGGCGUCACGACGACGCGCCACGUACUGCGCGUUUUUGCAACACAUUGUGGCACCAAAUAUUUUAGUGCGUCAUCGUCAUGGUUUACUUCAAACGAAUUGUGUACCGAUUAACCUAUUGCACCGCCGAAUGAUACCCAAAGUUCUUACUUUUUGCUGUGCCGCGAACGCUCCUUGAGAGUGAAAAAUGUCCUAUUGUCAUGGAAUGCAUCAUUACAAACUCCGCCCCGUAACCUAAAAGUGAAACAAAACUUGAAACCGGCCGUAAGGUAGGUGAAAACACGUAAAAAACGUAUAUACCACUAAUAUCACCAAAAGUCGAAUGUAGUCCGGAAAUAAAACAGAAACAAUAUGUUUACACGAGUCGAAGAGCCUCUUUUUGACAGGCGUCCUCGAUUGCAAAGAUCAUAUUUAGCUAAUGUCAUUGCUGUGUUAUUACUAUGGAUAUUUAUGUGUGCACCAGAAUGGCUGACCCGGAAGUGGGGGUGUUGUUGGAAGAGUGCCUCGUGUCAGUAAGAGCAGAAUGUUCCACAGAGCCCAUUGACAGGCAGAACUAUUGCAGUUUAAGAGACUCCUUGUGUGCCGAGUUGGCCUCUCUCCUGCAGGAGGCCAUGGAGAUGAGGUGGCCCUUUGUGCCUGAGAAAUGGCAAUACAAGCAGUCCAUCUGCGCCAACGACAAGACCAACUUGAGUGAUGUCAUCAGCCAGAACCUACCCCAGCUGCUGAAUGUCCUCAAGGCCUCCAUCAUGGCCCAGGAGGCACAUGCGGCGCUCGCUGUGAUUUUUCUAGUGGACCGCUUCCUCUACUGGACCGACGAGUCCACACGAUUGUUGGAGAUCACCAAGUUGCUUCACAAACGCUACCCUGUUGCCCCCGUGGCCCCUCAGUUGGUCAUACGGCGGGCACGCGUCUACCUCAACUCAGGGAAACUACAGAAGGCUGAAUACAUAUUGAGCCAUCUAAUCAUCAGCAGUGGAGCCACAGGAUGCUGGGUGUACCACUGUGAAAGUGACCGUGCUCUUGUACAGGCUGUUAGUCUGCAAGUGCGUGGGAUGGUUUUGCAAAAGCUAGGCCUGUGGCUGGAGGCUGCUCUGCUCGUCUGGGCAUCUCUGGUCGGUUAUUACGCUCUGCCUCAGCCAGAUAAGAAGGGCAUAGGGACCUCUCUCGGCAUCCUGGCUAACAUUCUGGUGUCCAUGAAUGAUGAGGACUUCGGUGCUUUCAAGGCCAACCCAGACAUUGACUUAUCUUUGCUUGGUGAUGCAAGCCAUCGUCUCCUGUCAGCAGCCGAGGCAGCCAAAAUGGCGGUGGUGUACAGCCAGUACACGUCUCUCUAUGUGCUGACUAAUGUGACUGCACAAGGGACCAGCUUGUUGUCGUACAGUUUUUCCGUUGCGUGUCCCCCCACAGAGAGGAAGCCAUUCCUCCUGCAGGCCAAAAAGGCGUUUGAGAUCGGCCUCCUCACCAAAGCAGACGGUGAGGUGAUCACCAGCAAGCAGGAGCUCCACACUUUCAUCAAGGCUGCUUAUUCACUCGCUGUCACUCACAAAUGGCUCAACGGAUCUUCGGAGGCUGUGACGCAUGCCUCACUGGCCUGCCAAGAAGCUUUGGCUAGUUUUUACCACUACUGCCAUCCGGAUACUCAGGACAGAGGUGGCUUUGGUAUGGACGUCAUGCAACUGAUUGCUCGAGUCAAACUGGACUUGCAAGUGGAGCCUUUCUUAAAUUCUGAUGGCCGCUCUUUUAUCCCCGAUAGCUACAGAAACACGAGUGACAGGUUGGUUGGUUUCACAAUGGAAGCCUUCUCCAAGCUGUUGGAGAGAUUUCAAAAGUAUCACGUGUCGUUGUGCAAGACCACCAAAGCAAAGUGUAAGGCUGGGAAGGAGGAAGAGGAUGGAGCAGGGAUGUGCAUGACUGCACUGGCGACAACAGUGGGUGCAUUCAACACAGAAUGCACGACAGAGGCCUGCAAACCUUCAGAAGAUGCUCCUCAACCGCCUGACAGUGGCAGCAUAGAUGGCCUUAGCUCUUCCUGGCAGAAGCUCUCCUUAAAAAGUUCACUGUUUCCUCAGCUCAGUAGUAGUGGUGGUUACUCAGGAAGGAGUGUCGCCGGACCUCAAAAUGUUGGCUCUGCGACUUUCCUGAAAUCGGAAAGACCUGACAGUUCCUUAUGCUCAAGUCGUGGUUCUGACAAGUUUGAAAUAAUAGAAGCUGAAAUACCGACAGUUGACUCUGAUGUCCCAGACGAUGAUCGUGGACCAGAAGCUGGAGCGCCACAGUCCUUAUCCCAGUUAAUACUAAGAUCAAGCUCUCUGAGCAACAGUUUUGGUUCUAAAUCAUCAGGUGAAAACACCUCAUCAGUCUCAAGAUCCAGGACUGCAGGGACCCACCAAAGCAGCAAAUCAUCCGACACCAGCGGAAGCUUCUUUCUCAUGAGAACACAAGAUUCAGAAACCAGUGAUCUGGAGUAUGACCCUGUUUUUGAAUGGGAAUUUCUGGGUAUGCCCAAACCUGUAGAAACCCAGAAUGUAGCAAUUCCAGAACAGUGUAGCAGUACUGAAUCCUCGACAGAAGACUCCCAUGGCAUACCGGAGGAGUUCAUGGUUGGUCUUGAAAGCUUGAACCCUUGGUGCCACAGCUGCCUGAAGCAUGGCGCCUUUGCUCGUGUUGCUCCAGAUGGGAAGUAUUCCUUGUCCCAGGAGGACUACCAGAGCCUCCUGGCUGGGGUUUGCCAUGAAUGUCUGCUGAAGAGGCUGCAUAGCAACAAGAGGAAGUUCAAACUGGACCGAUACAGCACGGCUCACAGCGCUCUUCAUUUGAAGUUCUCCAAAGCCACGGGACUGUGGACCGCGAGGGAGACCUGUGCAUACAUCGGCCAGUCACUGAAUUUGCACGGCACUCACAGAAGCGCCAUCUGGGUCCAGUUCUUGCACCAGGAGGAGAGGCUGAGCAGUUACGUCGGGAAGGACUACCUUAAGCCGACACAGAUUCAGUUCCACCUGAGAGACGUGGAAAGACAAAUGACAGCUCAGUAUUACGUGACAGAAUUCAACAAGAGUCUCUACGACAAGGACGUCAUGGCCCAGAUGUUCUUCCUGCCAUCAGAGGCGCUAUUGAUUGUAGAAGGAGAUGAAAUAGCGGGUUGCAUCACAGUGGAGCCUUACAUGCUCGGCCAGUUCGUCAAACUCACCAACAACAAGAAAAAGAAGAACAACAAACUCCCGGCAACGGAAUACGGCCUAGCUUUCGGACAUUUUACCUACCUUCACUCCAACUGCCAGGAAGUUGUGGUGGACUUGCAAGGGUGGGUGACAGCCAACGGCAAAGGACUGACUUAUCUCACUGACCCACAGAUUCACUCCACCAGAACCCCCCGAGGCCCCAACUUUGCUCACAGCGGCAUUACUUCCUUCCUGCGGGACCAACACGGACCAGAAUGCAACAGUGUGUGUCAGCUGCUCAAUCUGACGCCAGUGCCUAAACAGUGAUAUAGAUAAUAGGAUGAGUGGUCUCCAAAACUGCAGAGGUUAUUGGAAUUCUUCAUUUGAAGUAUCUUUAUCUUAGCAGCUUUAUCUACCUCUACAUGCGCUUUAAAAUGUUACUACUCGGCGGUUGGUGUGAAAGUCUUGUGUUAAAUUUGCCAUACUUUUAGGGUUUACAAUGGACUCAUCAGGGCUACAAAUGCUGGCUGAGCAGUUUGCUCCUUUCCAACAUUGGUUCUAUUGCCGUUCUGUUGCACAAUAUACUUAUUAAUAGAUGACCAUGUGGUAACUUUCUCAGGGAAAAAUUUACUUAUUUAUAAUGAGUUUUCAAAACCACCUCUAUGCGGUUAUCAGCUGCUUCCUGUUAUGAUCCAGUUGUCUUCGCUGUUUAGGUCAAUCAGUAACCUUCGGAGUCAUGUCUUGAUAAUAAGAGUAAUAAUAAAUGAUUGGCAUAUCAGAGUGUUGGGCAUUAUAAUAAAUAAUUUCUUUAUAUUUAUGAUAACAGUUGACAGUGGAAAUGAUUUGUCUGCACCAGCCUUACAAAUACUAUAUAUGAGUGGAUUGUAGUUUGACCGGUUUGACAGUGCAGAAAUCACCUGACACAUGGACCAAAAGCCGCCUUGAAUUCAACUUUGUUUUGUGACUGACGAAAUAUGGGUCAUAUGCAUAGUCUGUAUAUGACAAACAAACACACUAGUCGUCACAUGAUCUUAUUGUGUCAAACAUCCUGCUGAUCAUGUGAUUUUAUGUUUCACAGCUAAUAAAAUAGAAAGGUGACCAAGAUCUGCGGUGUCAUGUUUCACCAGGCAAACUUAAUUUAAAUGAAAUACGUAAAGUUCUUGAUUAACAGAAAUGCAAGA